AUGUACUUAAACAAAUCAUAAUUUUCAUGGUUACAUCCGCCUCAAUGCACAGAUCUGUUUAAGCAUGGAUGAAAACACAGAGGUGUCUGAAUGGCUCCCAUCUCCAAUUUUCCAGACCCAAUUUGAGUUUGAUUGUUUAUGUUUGAUUCAUGAAAAAAAUGGGAUGCAAUCUCUUAUUGCUUGUAGUUUUAAUGUUUGCCAUGACAGAGGGAAGAAGCAUCGCUGAAGAGUGCAAUCGUAAUGACCUGAAAGGGCUUACCAGCUUCAGGGCCGGAAUUCAGGUUGACACUUCCAGCCGGUUGGUGAAGUGGGUUGGACGGAGUUGCUGCAAAUGGGAAGGCGUUUCGUGCGAUAACGCGACGGGGAGAGUGACGGAGGUUCAUCUACCCGGAUUUAUUUCUACGGAUGAGUCCAUCUUUCAGUCCCAGAUGGAAGGCUGGCUAUCUCCCUCCGUCACUCGUCUGACCUCCCUUGAAGUCCUUGAUCUCGGCGGACUCAUAGGACUUUCUGGGAAAAUCCCACCGUUGAUCGGCCGUCUUCAGAACCUCCGGAGGCUCUAUCUCUUCGGAAACAAGCUAAGAGGGUCAAUACCGGAGGGCAUCGGAAAGCUGUUGAAACUUGAAGAACUUCACCUUCAUGAGAAUCGGCUAUCUGGGUCCAUACCUCCAAGUCUCGGCAUCUUGAAAAAUCUUAAUUUUUUGUUUCUUCAUUCAAAUCAACUCUCCGGUGCCAUCCCCGAUUCAUUGAUGAACUUGACAAAUGUCCGGCGGUUGGAUCUUCAUGGCAAUUCCCUGACGGCUAAUAUACCAGCGAAGAUCGGCGAUUUGCAGUCGUUGGAAGAGCUCGAUCUGUCCGGUAAUCUUUUAACCGGAAAAAUCCCAGUUUCUAUAACCAAUCUGAAGACAGUUUCGGUUAUGUAUUUUGAUAACAAUCGUCUCGAAGGAACGAUUCCAUUUCCAUCAAACUCAGGUGAUAUGCCAUUGCUGGGGUUUCUAAGACUGCAAAAUAACAGAUUAAGUGGAAGAAUCCCUCCCAGCUUCGGAAACUUGGUUUCACUCCAAAGAGUUUCCCUGGAAAAUAACAAUCUAGAGGGAGAAAUGCCUUCCACCUUGGGAAAUCUUGAAGCUUUAACGGAAUUAUAUCUCGGCGGAAACAGAUUUUCCGAGCAAAUUCCGAAAACAAUUGGCCAGCUCUCGAGUCUCAUUCUCUUCUCCGUUUCUCAUAAUCUGAUUCAGGGUCCGUUGCCUCAAGAACUGUCUUCCCUCCAAAAGCUUCAAGUUCUGGAUCUGUCAUUCAACCGUUUAAAUCUCACUUCAAUUCCCCCAUGGAUGGCGGAAUUGCCUUCUCUUUCAAGAAUGUAUUUAGCAGGAUGCGGGAUCCAAGGCCAGAUACCAGAGUUCCUGCGCAGAACUCCUAGUCCGAUGCAGGAGCUGGACUUGUCCGCCAAUCAUCUUAUCGGCAGCCUACCUCCAUGGAUUGGAAGCCUCAGACAGCUCUACUCCCUAAAUCUCUCAGGGAACGCCCUGUUUUCGACGAUCCCGGAUUCAGUAGUGGCUUUGGAGGGAUUAGGUAUGCUUGAUCUUCACUCAAACAAGCUUACAGGGUCCACAAACCAGGUUUUCAGGAUAGGAACCGGCUUCGAAGAUGGUGGUUUGCUGACAUAUAUUGACCUAUCGGAUAAUAGAUUCACCGGCGGGAUUGAACAGAUUGGUAUCGGAGCUCAGAAGGGAAUCCAGUUCCUGAAUUUAUCACAUAACUUUCUUGGAGGAAGAUUACCAGCUUCCAUGGGGGAAGUGAAGGCAUUGAAGAACUUGGAUUUGAGCCACAACAGGUUCAAUGGUGAAAUACCAUUGAAGUUUUUGAUGCUAAGGGACCUCAAGAACUUGAACUUAUCAAAUAAUCUGUUGGAGGGGAGAAUUCCGGACGGUGAACCUCUGAGUGAUUUUCCUCAGAGUUCUUUCACAGGAAACAGAGGUUUAUGUGGGAAGCCAUUACCUCCAUGCAAAGCUUGAGCUAGGAUUUGCUAGUUUAUAAUCCUUCACUUGUUCAUCUGUAAUUUUCUUAUAUUUGUUGGGCGUUCCAUAGUUGAUUUGGCAGAUUUUUUUAAGAGAAAUGAGGAAUGUUUGGUUAAAACCCAUUUUGCGGUAUGCAUUUAAUA